AUGUCUCCAGUUACGCUUAGAAAUGAAAACAAACCACAACUACCCAAUAACAUAAGUAGAGGUAAAUCACAGAAGUCAUCAUUAGCUAAAGAUUCUAUACAAUCUAAAAAUCACACCAAUUUUAUUCCCAAUAACCAUUCAACAGUAUUUUCAUCUAAAUUAAAAGAAACACCGGUAACAUCAAAAUCAAAUGAUAUACUUGAUAAUCGUCUUAAUCAAUUAGAUGAUUCUACAAAAGAAUUAUUAUCAUAUUAUCGUCAUAAAGUGGAAACAUUAACUGAAGAUCAUGAAACUGUUCAACGUCGUUUAGAUAAAAUUUAUGAUGCUAUAGGAAAUCAAGAAUCACUUAGUUUAGAAUUAAAUCAACGUGAUGCUGAAAUUUCAGAAUUACAAAGAGCAUUAUCUGAUAUGCAGGUUUAUCUUUUUCAAGAACGCGAACAUGUUUUACGUUUGUAUGCCGAAAAUGACCGUUUGAAGAUUCGUGAGUUGGAUGAUCGACGUAAAAUACAACAUUUAUUACAAUUAUCCAAUUUAGGACCAAAUGAAAUCACUUAUUUUCUAAAACAGCCUAACAUUGAAUCACAAAAUGUAGUUAAUCAAGAAACAGUUGAUAAUGAAAAUGGUGAACAUUUCAUUGAUGACGAGAAUAGAAAAGCGGACAGAAACACAGCAUGGAUUUCAGCUAUGGCUGUUAAACCGAUCAUUCCAACAGCUCCUUCUCAGGGUGUUAUGGAAUUUACUGCAUCAGGAAAAACAAUUUUAAAACCAAGCGGAAGUCAAAUUAAAUCAGACCAUAAAGUUUGUUCUGAUCCAUCAGAAUCGUCUAAAUCAGAUACAGUUUCUCGAAUAGAACAUGAAGCUGUGCUAAGAGAACUUGAAAUGUCAAAAUCUUCUCUGAGAGCAUUACAAACCCAAUUGGAAGAACAAACACGCAAUGCUCGUGAACAAAUUGAUUCAUUAAUGGAAGAUCGUAAAGCAAUACAGGAAGAGAUGAACAGUUUACGUAAACGUCACGAGGAAAAAAUACGCAUUUCAUCAGAACAACUUAGACACUGUCAAGGAUUAUUAUAUGACAGCACUAAGGAAUUUCUAGCACAAAGAAAUCAAUUUCGUCAAGCUGAAAAGGUUUGGAUAUUGGAAAAAGAUAAACUUUUAAGUCAAAUCAGUGUUAAAAAAUUGACUUCUUCUAGUGUUACUCCAUCAACACUGUCUGCUUUAAAAACUGGUGAACGUAAUACUUAUUAUUCACCUCGAGACAAAAUAAACAAUACUCUAACAACUAUCAAUACUACUAAUUUAUUUAAUAAUAUUCAAAGUUUAGAAGCUCAUGCAUGGAUUGAAUUCAAUCAACAAAAACAAAUUCAAUUAGAGAAAACAAUCGACAAUUUAGAGCAUCAAUUAGAUCAACUACAGAAAUUAUCAGAUAUGUAUAGAGAUCAAGUUAUUCAAUUAGAAGAGGAAUUAGUUCGUGCACGUGAAGAAGGUGUCAUGUCAAAGGAUGUAUUUAAAGAUCAAGCACAAAAACUUCAUGAACGUGUUCAAGUUAUGUCACAACGUUAUCAGAAUUUAGAACGUAGACGUCAAUUAGAAAUGGAAGGUUACCGAACAGAUAUUAGUGUGUUGCGUAAAAAGUUAAAGAGGUUGAACGACAAUUAUUAAAGGUACAUUCUUUGCAUUAAUUGUGAUAAUAACGCAAGUUAUCAUGGCGUUAAUAUUUUUCCGUUUGAACUCAAUGAAUGAAUGAGAAUAAAAAAGACAUACCGUUUUUAUUAACCCUGGCAUAUAUUUAACUUAAAUAUUAACUGACAGAGAAAUUAGAAGAGCGUAUAGUUUAUGAAUAACUGCCCAUCCGCUAAGCAGUUAAAUGACAAUAAACUGACAGUAUAAACAGUGCAGUUAAUCUGGUUGUAUCAGUAAUAAAACUAAUACUCAAUGUUUCUGGCUAGGAGAUGUUAUAUGUAGUAAAACUAUGACUGACAGUUAUGGUAACAACUUUGAAAAAAAGGAAUGAAUCCGUCGAAUAAAAGUGUGAAAUAGCACUGAAAUUCUUGAUUUCAAAGGUCAGUUUUAUAUCAUACUGUUCAAGCUCUUCGACUACUGAUCAUGAUUGUUGUACAGAUCUUAACUACAUGAUUUAUACUUACUAACCUAGUUCAAACCAAUAGUCAAUCAGUUAAUAGGCUGAUGAUAUAUUUUGGUUUGAUCGCCUUUAACUUUUUCUUUUCAAUCUAUUUGCACAUUAAUCACCAGUUCAUGUUGGGUUAGGAGAUAUUUAUGAAUGUGUAGCGUAUUUCUCAGUCACCGUAGUCGAUAAAGAUUUACAAUCAUAGCUAUUCAACAUCGUUUUGCAUGAAAUUUUAAGCCAAAUUAAAUAAAAUUGAGAAAACUUAAUGAUGAUUGACAGUCGUAUAAGCUGUCCAAAAUAUGAUCUUCUACAUUGUGUACUACUGUAGAAUACAGCUUAAAG